AUGAUGUCGGACGAGGAUUCUCGCGAUUCAGGAAUCUGCGACAUGGAUUUCACCGAAAUGUCUACUUCGUUUUCUAUGAUGAACAAGGAAAACAAUGAUGUGAUAAUGGAGGAUAUCACAAUUCAUAAAAAAUCGUGUGAGAUCAAGAUCUAUGAUGAGUCUCCAAAGUCGCGGACGAUGUUCUUGAGGCCUUCAGUUCUGACAAUUCGUUCGACAAAUCAGAUUAAACGAAAGAACACAUUUGGAGGCGAAUCGGCCACGGUGAAGCGGAUACGUGAAUGCGCCGAGGCCGAGAAUUCGAUGCCGUCGACGUCGAAGCCACCGCCAAAUUUGAAUCGUGUUGCCCAACAAUCUGGAUCAAUAUCGAUUCACCGCGCCCAAUCAUCGUCGGCACUUGAGCGAGGCGUUUAUUACGCUAAACAUCACGCCGAACUUCCGCAGCUUCUUCAAACCGAAUACCAUUUAAAGACGGUCUCACCGGUAUGUUCGAACGCGUUUCGAAGGAUAUCGGCCGCUACACUUCACGAAGUCAUGUCAUCUAUGUCAGAUGAGCAAUUCUUAUCUCAAUACGUGCUCAUCGAUUGUAGAUAUCCUUAUGAGUACGCAGGAGGACACAUUCGGAACGCGAUAAAUCUGUACGAUCCCGCUGAUUGUGAAUCCAUGUUUUACACGGAAGAUGGAAAGAAGAAAGAUAAUCGCAUUCCAAUUUUUUACUGCGAAUUCAGUCAAAAGAGAGGACCUUCCAUGGCCUACGCUCUUCGUCGAAUCGACAGACAACAUAACGAACUGAAUUACCCUCAUUGCGAUUAUCAGGAGAUGUAUGUUCUUGACAAAGGAUACCGAAACUUCUACGCAUUUACGAGAUCCGAGCAUAUUUCGAGAAUGUGCGAACCUGAUAGUUACGUGGAAAUGGACGACACGCAAUACAGUGGAGAGUUGAGAAAGUGGAAUUUCCACAAGAAGUCAGUUCUUGGUACCUCUGUGAGAAACAUCGCGAUCCCGUUUGAUGGUCCGACAACUUUCAGCCGAUUCACAUUUUUCCUCUACAACGCCGUCCAACUCGUCGCGAACAUCUUCUCGACGUCCGUUAUUUCUAGACGUGAUGAAUAA